AUUUUUCCUCUUUAAAAAGAACUAAAACAGCCAUACUUCUCCCCCUCCUUUUUCUCUGAAAUGUUCAUCUCACUUUCUUCUUCAAUCCAAUGAAUGUCUGCUUCUUCUUCACAUCAAGAUCUCUAAUCCUCAUUUCAAUCAUUUAAUUCGAUUCCUUCUUGUAAUAGAAAUUUCUUGCUGUUUCUGUUUCUGAUUAACCCCUGAUUCCAAUUUUAAUUUUAAUAUAUAUAUAUAUAUAUAUAGAUAUAUUUUCUUUUUAUCUCUAUGCCUUAUUCUUCAAAAAUGGAGGCCAAUGAGAUUUAGCAUUCACCAGUGUCUAAUUCCUCCUCCUAUAAAUUUUCAUGUGUAAAGAUUUCAGUUUUUGAGAGGAAAGCGAAAAACACACAAAAGCCUUUUGUUUUUUCGUUUAUUCUUUUGAUGGUUAUAAUAAAGUGAGAGUAGCCGCCCGCCCCCCCCCCCCCCCCUUUUUUUCCCACUGUAUUUUGAUCAGCUGCAAAUGUUGAGGAACAGAUCAUCAUCAAGAGCAGUGACUAACAAGAAGCAAGCUUUAAUGGCGGAUCAAACUUCCCUGCUUUCUCCCACUUCCCCAAUCUCCACUUUCUUGGCAUCCCCAAAAAUUUUCAACAUCUUCUUGUCCAAGAACCCGCCUGAUUCAGACAGCCCAACCUCCAUUCUUGACAGCAAGAAUUCCUCCCCAAGUUUUUCUGCAAACCCUUUUGGUCUUGACAGGGGCCUGUCCAAAUCCAAUUCCAAACCCCAAAUCCAAUCUCCCAAACCAGGGGGGGAUCAGGCCAUUGGGCUUGCCCUGAUAGAUUCGAUCAUUGAGGAGAAAUCAGGAGAUGAAGGGGUUUUAUUUUCGAAGCCUGUGAACAGGAUGGCCCUGUUUGGAUCAAAGCUGAAAGUGCAGAUCCCUGUAAUAAACCCUUCUUCUUCUCCAGGGGAGGAACUGUCCCCAAAAUCACCAGCUGAUUUUGGGAUCAAGACAAGGAAUUCACAGCAGGUUUUAAGCCCUUUUGUUGGUUCUUCAAGGGACCUGUCCAGACAGCUUUCUUUGAAGGAAAUGGAGAUGUCUGAGGACUACACCUGUGUCAUCACUCAUGGCCCUAAUCCCAAAACCACUCACAUAUUUGAUGACUGUAUUGUCGAGUGUUGCUGUGGUGGUGCUGAUGAUGGAGCUUCCAUGGCUGCUCCAAAAUCUGGUGAUUUCUUGAAGGGCAUUUGCCACAAUUGUAAGGGCUUUCUUGGAAGUGGAAAAGAUGAUUUGUGCAUUUACAGGGGUGAGAAAGCCUUGUGUAGCCAUGAAUGCCAUUGCCAAGAAAAGCUCUCUCAAACUGAAACAAACAACAAUGGUGAUGAGAUGAUGAUGAUGAUGGAACAUUCUACUUUGUAGAAAUAUAUAUAUAUAUUAUAUAAAUAUAUAAAUAUGCAACAACACUUAUUAUAUAUAUACACUCAUUUUCUGGGCUCCAUUGAUUCAGUAAAAGCCAUCCAUCAGUGAUCAAAAUUUUCCAGAAGGGACAUGAAUGCAAUUGACCUUAGCUAGUGAAUUAAAGAUAUUCAAUGUCAUUUUUUAAAUUUUCUUGUUUAUUUUGGUAUCUGUCCUGUUUGUUUGUUAUUAUGUACAGAGAGAGAGAGAUUGCCAUAAAAUGGAGAAUGUAUAAUAUAGUGAUUUGACAAGUGAUUUAUUUUAUUUUAUUAUCUUUGUUAA